AUGAAGAUCGUGCUCAGUUUAGUUAUAACGGCAGCUUCUGUCAUUGCCACUAUUUCGGCCGAACCCCUGUCCAAGCGCGCAAGUCCAGGUUCUCAUUGGGACUACGGCGCAGACAAGGCGGGACCAAGUCAUUGGAGUCUUCUAGACCCAGCCUACGUAACCUGCGACAAGGGUCUGCAACAAUCCCCCGUGGACAUCAACGCCGACACCCUCUCUCGUUUUGUCAACUGCGCGUCCAAGGCUCUUACAUUCGACUACAAGCCUCUCAAGGACGUUGUCGCUCAUUUUAAUGGACAUACAGUCGAGGUUGACUGGACGUCUAAUUCGAAUGCUCAUAAUAACACGAUUAUUAUCGACAAAAAGGUGUAUAACUUGGUGCAGUUCCAUUUCCAUACUCCGAGUGAACAUUGGAUUAAUGGGCGACAUGCAGAUGCCGAGUUGCACCUUGUCCAUCGAUCCCCAAGCGACCAGUCGCUGGCAGUCAUUGGUGUUCUGCUCCAGGCCCAGGCUAAGAACGUCCCCUUCUUCAAGUACCUGACCGCCCUCCAGAAAAAAGACCGCGCUCAGCAUCCUGUCGUACACUUCGAGGAACAACAACUGAAGGAUGGUCUCAGCAACAAUCCCUAUACUUUUGUUGAAGACGCUUCCCCAGAUUCUAUCGAGUUUGCUGAUGGCGAUGAUGAGGAGGAUGAGGAUCAGGUCGAUUUCAACGUGAACAUGAACAUUGUCGAGACUAUCGUCCUCGACACUCUCGACAAGAAUUCCAACAACAACAACAACAACAACAACAACAUUAAUAUCGAUAACAAUCAUGACAAACAGGACACAAACAUUACCACCACCAACGACGCUGGAUCGACAACCGCGGCCGCAGAAAAGUGGAAGCUCCCACCGACAGUCGACGGCAUUGUCUGCGCCGGUGUUCUCCCCGCGGACGAAGAGGCGACACACAUCGACUUGCCUCUAAAGUCUGUCGAUUUCUCACAAUUGGUCAAGACCGUCAAGGGUUUCACCAACCGCUGGGAAUACUCCGGCUCAUUGACAACCCCGCCUUGCUCGGAGCAUGUCUCAUGGAAUGUAAUGAAUGAACCCUUUCCCAUCGGUCUUGAGCAGCUCCGGGCCUUGGUCGACCUCCAGGGCGUGGUGAUUGCCACCUCCUCUUUGUUCGCUGCCGUCUCGGCCCAUGCCAUCGUCAGGCGCGCCCCUGCCGCUGGUCCCCACUGGGAUUACAGCGGCGACAAGACCGGACCAGACCACUGGGGCCUCCUCGACCCCGCCUACGUGACCUGCGAAUCCGGCAUGCAACAAUCCCCCAUCGACAUCAACAAGGAAUCCCUCUCCCGCUUCGUCCACUGUGCCAAGAAAGCUAUUGCCUUUGACUAUAAACCCGUCAAGGAUGCCGUGGCCCAUUUCAAUGGCCAUACUGUCGAGAUUGAUUGGACACCUGAUGCGAAGACGCAUAAUAACUCGAUUGCGAUUGGCAAGAAGCAGUAUAAUUUGAUUCAAUUCCAUUUUCAUACCCCUAGUGAGCAUCGUAUCAAUGGGCGCCAUGCUGAUGCAGAGCUUCACCUCGUCCACCGCAACCCCGUCGACAAGUCCCUAGCCGUCAUUGGCGUCCUCCUCCGAGCCCAAGCCCGCAACGUCCCCUUCUUCCACUACCUCACCGCCCUCCAGAAAAAGGUUCACGCUGACAAGCACUCCGCCGUCACCGCCUCCCCCGGAACUACUAGCGCCAUACUCGAAGAGCUUCUUAAGGAUAGCAUCUGCUCCGGUAUUCAACCGACCUCGGAGGAAGCCACAAAAGUCGACUACCCUCUGCCAAGUGUCGAUUUCGAACCGCUAGUCCGUGUAUUGAAGGGGUUUACACCCCGAUGGGAAUACUCGGGUUCUUUGACAACCCCUCCAUGCUCGGAGAACGUUGCUUGGAACGUGAUGCAUGAUCCUUACCCUAUUGGGCUGGAUCAGCUCCGUGCUCUUGUGGACUUGCAGGGGUUUAAUGCGAGGGAUAUUGAGGACUCUCGCGGUAAAUCUUCGCACAAGUAG